AGCCUUAUGAAAGCUGCGGUUACAUAUGCUGAUAAUGUUUGAUUCCCUAUAAAUAGCUGGAAGUGUUAAUACAAAAUCAACGUUUUAGGAAAUAUUUCCAAAUUCUAGCGAAAGAUACAAAGUAACAAGGUCAGAUAUUGCAUAAUGAUGCGCCUGGUUUUACUCACUAUUACCCUAGCCGUUUUGUUGGUGGAUUCCUCUAAGGCUGGUAGUGCUGAUUUGGUAUGUCACCACUGGACUGAAGAAGACACCGCAGCGAUACCCCAACCUGGUACAAUAGAGGAUCAAAGGAAACUGUGCGAAGAUAUCUUAGGCUAUACGUUUACACAAGGAAAAAAUGAAGAGUAUCCAGGAUGUGGGGAAUGCUGGUGUUGUAAACCAAAAGAUUUGGUAUGUCACCACUGGACUGAAGAAGACACCGCAGCGAUACCCCAACCUGGUACAAUAGAGGAUCAAAGGAAACUGUGCGAAGAUAUCUUAGGCUAUACGUUUACACAAGGAAAAAAUGAAGAGUAUCCAAGAUGUGGGGAAUGCUGGUGUUGUAAGCCAGAAAGCACACCUUGAGAUGGCUACUUCAUUCAAAGAGCAAACACAAUUUUCUAGACGAAAUAGUUGAGUUGAUUGUAUUCAUCAAAGUGUUAAUCAUGCUCUUUAAUAAAUGAUUAAAAUUUA